AUGGGGAUCCAAAACCUUCUCAAAUUUCUCAAGCCGCUUGCGCAGCCUGCGCACAUCAGCGAAUUCGCUGGACAGACUGUGGGCGUCGACGCCAUGAGCUGGCUGCACCGCGGUGCCAUUGCCUGCGCGGUUGAACUGAUCAAGCAGGAAGAGUCCGACAAGUUCCUCCGAUUUGUCAUCCAUAUGAUUAUGCUGUUCAAAUACCACCGCGUAGAGCCGCUCCUCGUUUUCGACGGCGCUAAAAUUCCGGCAAAGGCAGCCGAGGACGAGAAGCGACAACAAGCACGGCAAAAGGCGUCAGAGGAAGCGCGAGAGCUGCUGAAAAAAUACGAAGAAGCUCGGCGCGCCGGUCGCAAACCUCCUGGAGAUACGCGAGAACUUCUCACCAGGUGCUCGCAGGCUCUCUCCAUCUCUCCAGAAAUGGUGGACACAGUGAUCUCGGCCUGUCGCUCGCUCGGCGUUGCCUUCGUCGUCGCGCCCUACGAGGCGGAUGCUCAGCUCGCCUUCCUCGCACGGACAGGAAAGAUUGCUGCGGCCGUAUCGGAAGACAGCGACUUGCUCGCGCAUGGCUGCCAGCAAGUCUUGUUCAAGAUGGACAGGGAGGGGAACUGCGAACGUUUGAGUCUCCCUCUAAACGACCGCGCCUCUCCCGACGCCGCGCAGGCCUCCGUCUCUGCGUCUUCAGCCAAAAAACUGGGACAGCUGGAGUGUCUCCGCGACUUUGAUCAGACGAUGUUCACAGCGAUGUGCGUUCUUGGCGGAUGCGACUACACGCACGAUGUUCACAUUAACGGUCUCGGCAUCAGCACUGCAUGCCGCUUCGUACACAAACUGGGGAAGCUGGAAGCCGUCAUUCAGUACCUUUUCAAAGACGAGAAGUGGAGAAAGAAACUGACUCUCCCUCAGGAGGUUGUCCUGCGUGGACACAAGAUGGCCAUGGUGGCCUUCACACACCACCGCGUCUUCGAUGUGAACUCCGGAUUGGUUGUUUCUGCUUCUUCUCUUCUUCCUCAUCGUUCUUCUCUCUCUGCUUCUCUUUCUUCUGUGUCGCCUGUUGUGGGGCGCCGCCAUGCUUCGUCCUGCGCUCAGACGUCCGCGGACCGAGGGACGCCUGAGGAUCGCCUCACGCGAGAAGAGAACUGCGCAGGAGAGAAGGAAAACCACCGGCCGGAGGGAGUCGCGGAGUCGAGCGAGAAGAAGGCGGCGGAGACCGAGCUCGCAGAGCAGACAGAGGAGACGGAACGCAGAGGCGACAAGAAACCGGAGAGGCGAGACUCGCGCAAGUUCUCGGAAGGCGCGUGCGACCUUGACAGAGACGACAGCGACGGCGAGGCUGCGCGGGAGAAGAUCGUCGGCAAAUGCCAAGAGAAUUUCCUUCCUUACGCAGAUGGCCUGGUUAACCCACGCACCCACAAGCCUCGAAUUGCGCAUUUGAAUCGUAAAGAAAGGUUGUUGCUCGAGGAGUAUCGAACACGGUCGCUGAUACGCGUCCAUGAAGACAAUUUGCUUUCAGCACGAUCGCGCGCCUGUCAAACGCACCAGCGUCCCUCUUCUUCUUCCUCUUCUUCUUCUUCUUCUUCGUCUUCUGCUUUGUCUUCUUCUUCGUCUUCUUCUUUGUCUUCGUCGUCUUCUGUGUCCUCGUAUUUCGACGCUUCUUCCUCUUGCGUUUCCGCUUCUUCCGACGUUCCGCCCUGCUCGCCUUCGCGCGCGUCGGCCUCCGCCGAUUUCGCGUCAUACCGCAGUGCUGCUUCGUCCUGGCUCCAGCGGACGAGAGCGGCGAAAGACGGGGGAGAGAGCGAACAGAGAGAGCGACGGGCGAGAGCGCGCGAAGACGAGGCCUGCAGAGAGGCGCCUGCGUUCGAUGACUUCGCGAUGCCAUGCGCACCGCAACAGACAAGACAGGGACAUUUCUGCGGAGACGACGCUCGCCAGCCUGGAGGCGAGGGAGCACGACAGGCGGCUGCGAUGCACGAAGCGAAGGAGAGGGAGGCCAGCGAGGCUGGCGGAGACGCGAGUCGUGCCACCGCGUCUGAACAGGAGAGAGAAGAGAUCACUGCGACAUCGAUGCAAAAGGGAGCCGUGCGAAGUCGUAUCGUGUGUUCGAGCGAAAAGCCAGCAAAGGGUGGACAGAUGAAACUCACUUUCAUCGUCGAAAAGCGAACGAGAGUGGUGCAGACAGAGCGCGGAUUCAGGGAAAACAGGAAGGAAAAUAACCAGGCAACGCACGGCGCUGAGUCCUCUUUGUCUCUCGAGAAAGAUGGUGUUUGUUCUCUCUCGGGGGCGCGCUCGGCCUUCGCAGCGUUUGCGUACCGCGAAAAUGCCCAGCUGAGUGAGGAGAACACAGACGCUGAAGAAGGGCAAGUUGUCGGCGCAGGGCCGCAGAAACGCGAGAGAAGCCAAGACGACGAAAAUGAAGCAUACAACGCGCGACACAAGCGACACAAAUCCCCAAACGAAAUUCAUGUUUCCGAAAGGGCGCUUCACGCGUCUUCUCCUUUCGCCGCGUUCGCUGCACCCUCUUUCCAACCUGCUUCGUCUGCUUCUCUCGCUUCUCGCACCCUUCCCUCUGCGUCUUCUCAGUCUUCGCCUCCCCCGUCUCAGUCUCCCUCUCAACUUUCUGUCCAAUUCUCGUCUUCCUCUCUUGCACAGUCGCUUCUUCAGUCUGCCCCCGCAGUUCCUGGCUCUUCUUCAAGCCGAAAAAAGAAGAAAUUCGGCACAGCCUUCGAGGCGGCCUCAAACGCCAGCGGGGCGUCUGGGGACUCGUGGAUCCUUGGCGGCAAGGUGACAGGCUCGUCCAAUCCGACUCUGUCUGCUUUUGCCUGGCGAAACAAAAAAUAGGGAACAGCUCCACUCC